AGUCACCACUCUUACAAAAAAUGUUCUCUUCCAAAUGUAAAUAAGAAUUUAGAAGAUUUUUCAAUGCUCUUAUUGCUGAUAAUAAGGAACUAAAUAACUUUCUACGAAUAACAUCCUGAUAACAACUAAAAAGGAUAGUUAAACAUGCUAUGAGAUAAUUCAACACGAUGCUGAGCAGGUUUUCAGAUGUUUUACAAAGUGCAGCAGACGUUCUAGCACCACCUGCAUCUCGCUUUGAGGAUUUUGAAUAUCACUGGAAAAUGGUGUUGAAUUUUUAUCAAAACUAUGAUGAGAACAGCAAGGUACACAUUGAGGAUACCAGGAUACCUCAUCAUUUGCAUCAAAUGCUUCAGCUAAUAGUCGAUGAAGAGAAGGAUGAACUGGAUGGUACUGUGGGACCGUGUCUGGAGGCUGUGGUUCAAAGGACAAUCAGUGUGCUUGAUGCCCUGACUGUGCUUGCAGUGGCUGACAGACCUCCGGGUGCACGAGGCAUGGCUUUAUCUCUCACCACGGCGCUGCUGAGGAGGACCAGACGCCCUUGUUUGAAUAGCGCGCACGUUUACCGCCCUAUUCAGAGAAUGCUAGUUCAAUGCAGUGAGAGCGCAGCAUCACCCACAGAAAAAGAAGAAGUGGAACUGCUGUUAACUCUCUGUGGUCUUGUCAGAAAGGAAUCAGGCCUAGCCAAUAUUUUCACAACACCAUAUAUAGAAGACAAAUCUAGUCUACUAAGCAUACCAGAAGACAUCAAAAAACUUAUACCGGUGCAUAGAAAGAUGAGCACACCCAAGAAGAAUCCGUUGUUUGUAGAUUUUAGUCCACCAUUGAAGAGUGUUUCCAUUGUCCGAAGUGACUCGGCCUCCAAUAGUUCGCUGGCGGAUGAUGGCUCCGUAAAGAGUCAGAAGACAGUCUACGAUGAUAAUGAUAAGUUUCUGUUAAUUGAUCUGUUGCUGUCGUAUUUGAAUAGCGCGGACAAUCAGGUGGUGCUACGAGCCUGCGAAGGAAUAAUGAUAGUAUCGUCACUGCCGGAGGACGACAUCGCGAGCCUGGUCACAGGCUGCAGUCCCGCUUGCGAGAGCAUCGUGGACAAACUACGCGACAAGUACCGCGCGAUCCCGCCCGAUGUAGACACGGCUGAUGUAGACCAGCUCAACAUAACCUGGGCAUAUGUAGCUCAAGACUUCGGAGACAAGAGUUACAACAAAAUACAUGGCUACCGAGAACUGACCAGCUUCUACUCGUGGCUAGACUACUGUGAUACUCUCAUGAAGGAAUGCCACCCGAUCAUAGCGGUGCACCUGUCGCGAACCUUUCGCUCCAACUUCCUGGAAGGUGUUGAGGCGACACUGCUGCAGUCCUCUCCUCCCGACGUACAGAGGAUCGUCCUCACAACGGCCCUCCUCGCUAAGUGUCUGCGGGUCAUCGACUCCACGGACCUAAUCAAUGAAUUCUCCAACUGGCUGGUUGGAGACGGGGAGGUGUCAGAAUGGCCACUGUUGCUGAUGCUGAUCGACAAUUGCCUCACGCAGCAUCACGACCUUACCUUGGAGACUCUGCGGUUUUUUGAGAGUAUAAUAGAACGCGGCACCGAGCACAGUAUGGAGCGGCUGGUAAUAUCGCGAGUGAUAUCGCGUGCGUACUACGCGCCGCACUGCGACGACGGCGGCGCGAGUGAAGUCGAAGAGCGGGACAGACUCAACGACAUGUCCUUCGGGCGGGAGCGGGAGAGGAACAGGGAAGUGAUGCAACAGCUGCAGCACGAGGGUGCUGUCAGCGAGCACGUUGGAGAUAUCCUGGCCCACGAGGGUCUCAACACAGACAACAUUCACCGGGUCAUUAACAGGCGCUUGGUUCGGCUCAAAACACGCAUUGAAGAAAUCAUCGCGGUAGAAAUGUCCCCGACCGUUAAUUAAGUUUAACUAAUAACAAUGAAUAAUAUUUAAUAAUAAUUAUAAGUAGAUUAACAAAAUAGUUUACAUAUCAUAAAAUUUUAACGUUGAAAAUAGGUACCUGGUCGAUUAUACACCAUUUAUAUACUUGCCAUAGACAAUAUUGUCGCAAAUUAUAGCCAUAUUGGUACGGAAGCAUUCAAGCCAACUUACCAACAAGACCUUGGUACAACAAACUUCCUGAAGCCAGCCGUGAUUACAUCACCAACAUUAAUUGCGUUUUGGCCAUAAUACUGCACCGUCACACCUAGCAUGACAUGGCAUUAUUCGAAAUAGUGAAUGUUCGCACUGUGGAUGUCGCAACGCAGGCAUGAAACACCUGAUUUUCGAUUGUCAAAGCUUUUUAAUUGACAGAUUAGUGCUUGCAAGUGAGAUGAGUGAAGUCAAUGAUUAUGAUCUUUCUUCCCGCCCGCCGCCGCUUGAAAAAUUGUUAAGUGAUGUACAUAGUUUCAAGCCUUUGUACAAAUACAUUAACAGACCCCGCAAACUGCAGACUUUCGAUCGGCCGAUAGUUUGGUUGAGGUCGGCUGUUAAGUGCGCACACUGGCCCGACUAAACAGUUGGUUCUGUGAUGAGUGCGCACACUAGACAGUUUUAGGGACGAUUCGCUAUUAGUUUUAAAUCGGCUAUUGAUGAGUCUGGCCGACUAAACAAUCGGUGGUGUGCGCGCUUAGAAGAGCGCUGUACUGAUUUAACAGUCGGCCGAUAGUUUGCUGACGGUUCAGUUUGAAGGCAAUCGUGUUGCCCAUCAAACUUUUUUGUCGGCCAAUACCGAAUCGUUAAAAUGUGCGCACUCUCAUACAUCUUAUCAUAUCAUCAUACUGAUUAUGAAACCAACCAAACUAUCGGCCGAUCAAAAGUCUGCAGUUUGCGGGGUCUCUAAGAGUACAGUAAAUAACAUUUAAAAGUUAGUGAACAGUCGUGAAGCGCUCUCAAAGCGAAAGUGACCGAAAAAAGACAUGGCUUAAAGGUCUCGUUACCAGGCCAUAAAAUCCAAAAAAAAAAAGCCAUAUUUUACUAAAAUUGUACCAUUGUAUAUUUAUUUUAACUACAUAUAUAUGAAAGUUUCACAUAGUUGAUUAUAAUUUAAAUUGUUAUACAUAUGGCAAUAUAUUUGUGUAUCAGUGUAUAGACGUAUGUUUGGGCUCAAAAACCCUGAAAGGUAAAAUAAUUUUAAACGUAAAAGUUGCGUUUUUAAUAAUUUGUUGUGUUAAUUUGGAUAGGAAAAAGGUGCUACAGAUAUUAUAUAUCAAAAAUUUAUCGAGUUCUAACAGAUUAAAGUUUAAAGCUCGUGCACAUGGUUCGAUUUAGUUGUCUAAGAUAUAAUAACUCGACAGAAAUUGCAAACGUAUUCGAAUGAACACGUUCACUCGGUUAAAUUAAAAUCUAUUCAACAUUGCUAGCGAAAUGAAGUGUUUGCCGUGAAUAGAAAGUGAAGAAUUUGUGAAAAACAUAAUUUUUAAAUAUAGAUUUAAUUUUUUAUUAAAAAGUGACGCAAGACUAUGAAACAGUUGCCUAGUUCAGGCACUGUGUUACAUAUAGCCUUUAAGCAGGAUUCUUGUAUUUAAUACAUAAAAAAACGUUGCGUUUGCAAGCGUAAACAAAUAGUUUGAAGUCGACUUUAUCGCUUUGUUUCAUUGAUAGUUUGAUCAGAUA